UCACUCAUUAAACAGUAACCAGCAUACGGUAAAGUGAGCGCACACAGUGGUGAGAGUGCCUAGUAGGGAUUCUCCAAGGGUAAAAACCCAGGCAGGCAUUUCUACCAUUUCUUAGAGGUCAAGUUCAUAUCUCUGUAUGUGCAGAAGUGCCACUAAUGCUUGAAACUUAACUUCUGACAGAAGAUUGCACUCUUUGCCUGAAUUUUCAUCUUCUCUGUUAAGCCUUUGCUGAAAGACAAUGGAUUGGGUCAAUAUUGCUCCUGUAGGGUUACUGUUUAUACUCGUUCUCCUGCUGAUUCUGAAAAGACAACAUGUCCGGAACAGCCACACAAGAGACAACUUCCCCCCAGGACCCAGGGCUUUACCCAUCAUUGGAAAUCUGCACACUGUGGAUCUGAAGAGACCUUACCUGACAAUGCUAGAGCUAGCCAAAACUUAUGGCCCAGUCUUCAGCAUUCAGAUGGGACCAAAGAAAAUGGUGGUGCUAUCAGGAUAUGACACAGUGAAAGAAGCUUUGGUGAACCAGGCGGAUGCAUUUGCAGGGAGACCUAAAAUACCAAUCCUUGAAAAAGCAGGAAGAGGAAGAGAAAAAGGAUUUGUAUUUUCUUACGGAGAAAACUGGAAAGUGAUGCGAAGAUUUACUCUUACAACCUUACGAGACUUUGGAAUGGGCAAGAAGGCCAUAGAGGAUCGUGUUGUAGAAGAGUACAGAUGCCUGGCAGACACCAUCGAGGCACAGAAAGGGAAGCCCCUUGAGAUUAAUCUGAUGUUGAAUGCCGCUGUCGCUAAUGUCAUCGUAUCCAUAUUGCUUGGAAAGCGAUAUGACUAUGAAGACCCCACAUUCAAAAGGCUCCUGUUAUUGGUGAAUGAAUAUGCCAGGAUUUUUGGAGCUCCAUCAAUUUCGAUAUACAACAUGUUCCCGUUCCUUGGGUUCCUCCUGAAGGACUACAAAAUUUUUAUGCAGAAUGAAAAAGAAAUCAGUGCUUUUAUCAAGGUGACUUUCAUAGAACAUCUCAAAGCUCUGGACAGAAAUGACCAGAGGAGCUUCAUUGAUGCUUUCCUCGUGAGACAACAAGAGGAGAAUGGAAAGGCCAAUGAAUAUUUCAGUAAUGAAAACUUAAUUGAGGUUGUGAGAAAUCUGUUUAUAGCUGGUGUGGAGACCACGUCCACAACUUUGCGCUGGGGCCUUCUGCUCAUGAUGAAAUAUCCUGAAAUUCAGAAAAAAGUCCAAGAAGAGAUAGAGCAAGUGAUAGGGUCAACCCCACCACGAAUCGAGCAUCGAACUCAAAUGCCAUACACGGAUGCUGUUGUCCAUGAAAUUCAAAGGUUUGCUAAUAUCUUGCCAUUGAACUUGCCUCAUGAGACUACUGCAGACGUGACCCUCAAAGGCUAUUUCAUUCCCAAGGGAACCUACAUUAUCCCUUUACUGGCCUCUGUCCUGCGAGACAAAUCCCAGUGGGAGAAACCAGACAUCUUCUACCCUGAGCAUUUCCUCGACUCAGAGGGGAAGUUUGUAAAGAAAGAAGCUUUCAUACCUUUUUCAGCAGGGAGGAGAAUCUGUGCUGGAGAGACUCUUGCCAGAAUGGAGCUCUUCCUCUUCUUCACCAGCCUUCUGCAGAGGUUCACCUUCCGUCCUCCCCCUGGAGUUUCCAUCUCAGACCUGGACCUCUCUCCCUCCUUCGAGCUCACCAUCCCCCCAGUCUGUGCAGUGCCACGUUCCUAAGGCUUUUCUUAGUCGUGUCCUUUCCCUGAAACACCCAGAUGAAAUCUGUGUCUCCUGUCCCAUGUGAGAAGUUCGGUACUUCUGAAUCCAGUAGGGGGUUUUUAGCCCAAGCGUACUUUGUCUUAUAGCCUGAGAUGUCUCUCCCACCAUUACGGCAGGCGGCAGUCCUGACAUGCAGACACUCUUUGAAAAGGAAGUUGAUGGUCAUUUUGGAUCCACCGCUGGCCAAGGCCGAGCCCAUCAGCGAUGGUGGUAGUGCCUCUGUGAUAACACAGUUAAGAAGGGGAAAAACUUGCUGCACAACUGUAAUGGCAGCAGAAGAGAGGAGUGAGAAUAUGUGAGAGGAACAACUCUGCAGACACCAAGGUCAGUGAAGAAAGAGAGGUAAGAAGUGCUCCAGGUGCCAGAACAGAGAUCCCCCUGCAGCCUGUGGUGAAGAGCAUGGUGAGGCAGGCUGUCCCCUUGCAGCCCAUGGAGGUCAGCAGUGGAGCAGAGAUACACCUGCAGCCCACGGAGGACCCCACACCGGAGCAGGUGGACGCCCGAAGGAGGCUGUGACCCUGUGGGAAGCCCAUGCUGGGGCAGGCUCCUGGCAGGACCUGUGGCCCCAUGGAGAGAGGAGCCCACGCUGGAGCAGGUUUGCUGGCAGGACUUGUGACCCUGAGGAGGACCCACACUGGAGCAGUUUUUCCCUAAAGGAUUGUACCCCAUUGGAGGGACCCCACGCUGGAGCAGGGGAAGAGUGUGAGGAGUUCUCCCCCCGAGGAGGACGGAGCGGCAGAGACAACAUAUGAUGGACUGACCACCACCCCCAUUCCCCAUCACCCUGCUCUGCUGGAGGGGAGCAGGAAGGGAAAUCAGGAGUGAAGCUGAGCCUGCGAAGAAGGGAUGCGUGGGGGAAGGUGUUUUAAGAUUUAGUUUUUAUUUCUCAUUACCCUACUCCUGUUUGAUUGGUAAUAAAUUAAACUGAUUUAAUU